AUGGCUCCUUCGGAUGCCGUCUUUGGCAACAUGGCGGGCGGUGGAGUGGUUGCCUCCUUCCAACGCCGUCCUAUCCGGCCUGCACCCAUCUCUGUCCCCCCGGCAAAGAACGGCUGGAUCGCCCUCGCAUGGCCCAAGGCAGGGAAAAUGGCUCCUUCUGAUGCCGUCUUUGGCAACAUGGCGGGCGGCGGAGUGGCGGCGUAUAAGAUUGGUGGAUACUCCAUGGGCUCGAUUCAGCGCACCACUGCUUUCAGCAUUGGGACAGCUAACACCACCACCAGCACUUCUGGUUCUACGGUGAUCCAGUUCUCCCGAACCCAGGGCACAGGUUCGGCAGCCAAGGUGCAGGUGGCAGGGAGCAACAGCCUGCUGUGGGCCUACUCUCCCUCGGGCUCCAAGAGCCUCGGCUUUCACGGCGGUGCAUACGCCGUGAAAGCCGCGGCGUCCAUCCAUGACGCACUGCCGUUAUCAUCGAGCGAAGGGGAAAAUAGUGACGGCGAACCGAUUGGCGAAAACAUUGGCGAAGGUCGCGGUCGCGGGCGUGUGCUGGUGAAUCUGGUUACACCGCUGGCGACGUGCUCGCCGUCGUCGCUCGCGGGAUUCUCGUCGUCUAUCGCCCUCGGGUCAAACAUGAGGCUUCACUGGAAAGUCGCGACCGGAUCCCUCCUGGAGCUCGCGGUAACGGCCACCGGCGCCGCCGCUACCGGGUGGUUCGGCGUCGCGUUUUCUCAGUCCGGCGGCAUGGUGAAAUCCGACGCGAUUAUCGCGAAUCAGGGCGGCUCGCCCGUCCCCGUUAAUACGUACGCCGUUACGAGCUACUCGACGGUGAAAGCGACGACCGCGUUCAGCGCGGGCGGGAAGGCUUUCACGGGAGGAACAACGGCCACCAUGAAGUUUACUCGCAGCACGGGAGACGGCGGGGUGGCGCCGGUGAACGUGAGGGGCAGCAACAGCAUGGUGUAUGCUUAUUCCAAGAGCGGCGCCAAGGCCAUUGCUUACCACGGCUCGCACUA